AUUCAUUCACAAGAUGUCAACCAGAUGUCUCAGUCGGACGUCAAGAAAGCUCAGUCUCCAUCACACACACACCACCUCGCCCGUGACAGUCACAUUUAGAUAGGUAGCCAUACCCUCACGACGACGGCCUCCUUGUCUCUCUCCCCUCAUCUGAGUGACCACCUGGGCGGUCUUGCUUUUGCUCUGGUGUAGCUGGUGUGGGCGCUUGUGUUGAUGUCAGCCUCCUGCUGUGACAGCAGCUCAACCUCUGACUCAAGCUGAUCACACACACAGACAUAGCGAGACCCGUGCAGAUGAGAUGUUUUGUGUGAGGCAGGAGUGCGAUCCGAUCGCACCUUACCUUGGCAAUCAGCGAGUUCUGCUGCACUAUCUGCUUUUCCAAUCUGCCGGCGCACACAGACACACAUGCGUGGGACAACCACCCUCCCAGCCAUGUAUGUCACCUCUUGCACUCCUUCAACAGCCCAAUCAUCGCCGCGUUCUCCGCCGUCGGCGCCAACCCGUCGAUCCCAUCAAAUGCAGACAUUAUCGGCGAAGAAAAGGCCGUCGGGGGACGCCUGUAACCACCCCCACCCUGAGGCUCUGCUGCGGCCCUGGAUGUGGUUGUGGAUCUGCCUCUUGUCCGUUCGUAUGGCUGGCCGGCCCUGCCGACGUCGUGCCCGCACCGCUGGCAGAUGAAGGGGGGAGAGAGGGGGCGGCGAGAGGGGGGGAGAGGUGGGGAGGGAGGGAGAGGGGAUGGCACAGCACUGCAAAUGGCCACCGGCACAGAGAUGGUGAGAGGGAGCAUUGCGUUCCAUGCGGCGCCGUGUCUCUUUGUCUCCUACUCCGUAUCCGUGUAUCUCGCGGGAGGCUUCUGCGUCUCAUGGCCGACGCGCAUCAACCGGAUUCCCACGCCACUUGGCACAUCGUGUCUCGCGGCCGUGGGCUGCUGCUGCUGCUGGACUGGUGCUUUCCUUUCUCCCAUGAACAGCUGACUGGGCCAGGCCCUGGUCUCUUCACGAAAGUGACGAACAGGAUGGUGUCCCGAAGCCGCCAAGUCGGGCAAUAUCGUGCUGCAUGCCAGGGAAAGAAGCUCAUGGACAGUGAGUUCUCUCUGUGUGCGCCUCGCCUCGCCCCGCCUACCUGCACGCCUCAGCGUCAGAUGCACCGACUACCACCAUCCCUUCAUCCACCGUCCCCCUGGCUCUCGGUCUGGGCUGUCCCGGAUCUUCCAAUCGCUCUGGCGGCUCAGACACGACCCGGCAGUGGUAGGAAUCAUCUCUUGGCGCCCUCCAGAUGCUCGUGUCGUGGUAAGACAAUCGCUGUUGUCUCCCUCUCUGAUGCUGCUCGUUAACAGGGGGCGGAGAGGGAGGGGGAGGCGGCCGCCAGUAGGCCGGGGGCUGCCGGGUGUGUGUCGACGGGACUGGGGAAUCCUGAAAGGGCUGACUCUGACCGACAAGGCAACUCCGCUCUCUCUUGUCUAUCUGCAGACAUGGGCACACCACACGCAAAGCAAAGGAGAAAAUCGCCAUUGCAAUGCAACGACGCAACAGCGGCUUGCUUACCACCUGAUCUCCCCCAGCAGGGACUUGAGCAGGCGCCUCCCUCCCCGCCCUGGCCAGCCCCACGACUGUUCUCCCCCUCUCUGCGAGCAUCUCAUCGAGAGACGCACGCAGAGACACCGACGAAUGCUGUCGCUCCUGACUGGCGGCAAUCAGCCGGUCAAUCGACUCCCCUGCCACAUCCAACAGGCUCAGAGCCUGCAUGAUUACUGGCAGCCUCAAA